CCCCCGGAGUUCAUUUGUAUGGCACACAACGUUGUCAGUUCUUCGUUCUCAAAAAAAAAAAACAUGAGGAUAAGGGACAACCCUAACUCUUAGAUUCCCCCAUCUUCCUCCGGCUGCGCCGUCGCCGUGCACACGGCCACCAGCCACCGUUCUUCGUUCCGCGAUGUCCGGCACCACCGCAGGCUUCGUCUUCAUCUUCCUCGCCGUCAGAUCGAAGCCCAGGAGAACUACCGACACGGCCUGCUUCAUCCCCUUCCUCUACAGCCACCGAAACCCCGCCGUUCGAUCCGCCUCAUCCCGGCCUCCUCUGACUUCCCCAACCUCUCCUGCGGCUUUCCCAAACCCCGAGACCGUUGAUACUUCGGUGUUCGACUACAGCUACGCUUCCGAAGAUUCCUUUCAUUCGCAGAGCUUCCAGCUUGCAGGUGCCGAUGAGACCGUGCAGAUGACGCAACCAAGCUCAAGGAGGAGCUCGAUGAAGAUCUUGUCCUUUGUCUUGUUUCGUUUCUAGUUGAUCAGUAGUGGAG